ACAACUGCUAUGGAGAAGAUUGAAGAACAGUUUGCUAAUCUGCGCAUAGCAAAACGUUGUGCACUAACUGAAGACUCCACUUACUUACUGGAUAUAGAUGUUUCAAAAUCUGUUCAAGCAGAAAGUAACCACUUAGUUGCUGUUUCAUGUUCCAAUAAGUCAAUUAAAGUAUAUAGUAGAGAAACAUUACACGUGCUAAGGGAGUAUAGUGGCCAUCCUGGGUUACUUAAUGGAGUCAGAUUUGCUCAUACAAGUGAGAAUAUGUUGUUUUCAGCAUGCAGUGAUGGCACAAUAAAAUGUUGGGAUACUCGCUUAGCUACUCAGGAAACUAUACAAUUAUUCAGUGGUUAUCCUUCAAAUGUUUUCAUCAGCUUUGAUAUUAAUUGCAGUGAUCUUAUAGUUUGCGCUGGGACAGAAAAAGUUGAAGAGGACACAUUCAUGGUGUUUUGGGAUGCAAGAAGUAAUACAAACUAUGCAUGCGCAGCUAAAGAGCCCUUAGGAACCUAUUCAGAGACUCACAAUGACGAUAUCACUAAAAUAUGUUUCCAUCCUAUGAAACCCAAUUUGGUAGCGUCUGGAUCAACUGAUGGAUUGGUUAAUGUGUUUGAUAUUAACAAGGAAAAUGAAGAUGAUGCUUUGAUUGCAACUUGUAAUUCAAAUUCAUCAGUAAGUUUUAUUGGUUGGUCUGGGAAAGAUUAUAAACAGGUAUAUUGCAUGACACAUACGGAAGGAUUUUGUUGGUGGGAUCUUACUCAAAUAGAUACUGAGGAACCAAUGACAUUGUUGCAGAUUCAGGAUGUCAGAGAAGUAGUCUUCAUUGAAAAUAGCAACUUAAACUAUCUGAUAGGUGGCUUGUACCAUGAAAAGGCAGACAAAUUGUUUAUUGUUGGUGGAACAGCUAUGGGAAACAUUCACCUAAUAAACUGUGGCAUUGAUGGACUGAGCCUUGUGGGCACCCUUCAUGGAGGGCAUUCUGCUGCAGUUCGCUCAUUCUGCUGGAACAUGACAGAUGAUUCUUUGUUGACUGGUGGAGAGGAUGCACAGCUGUUGCUAUGGAAACCUGGAGCUGUGGAAAGGUCCCUUGUAAAGAAGGCAUCUAUGAAAAUUGCUUCCUCUGUUCAGCAGCGAGUGAGAGUUCACAGCAACUCUCUCAAAAGCAAGACAAAGUAAAAUUAUGAAAAUGGGACUCUUAAAUUUGUAGAGAUUUUCACUGUUCUGAGUAAUAUAUUUGGGGUGAUGAUUUGUUUGCACUAUGUGGCAAAUAUAAUUUAUUAUGUAAAUUUUACCUAGAAAUGACCCUCAUUUUAUCACGUG